UAACCGCGCCGCUCAUAUGAGUUUGUGACGCGAAGUGAGUAAUAUUUAUGGUUUACGUUUACCGGAUGGACGGAUGUUGAUGAUGGCGACGGUUUAAAAAAAUUUAAUUUCCAAACAAAAAACCACUUCAUUGAAUUAAAAUUUUAAUUAAAACAACAGUGAGAGCAAAUUUCGGAUGUAAAAACCAAUUGAACUAUGCAAAACCGGUGCAUAAAUAGUGCUUGUGUAUUCUUGUUGUUUUUGUGCAGAAGAGUGUUUGAUGAGAAAAAGCUUGGUGUUGCUACCGGCGGAAGAAGUGCAUAAGAACUCAAGAAAGUAGUUUUUUCUUCGAAGGUGUCAACCAAUUAUGCUGUGAAUUUAAUGCUUCCUGUGCAAGAAUAUAGUUAAGCAGCAGAUUUAUUAAAAUAAACCACUAAAUAAAAUACAAUUUAUUCGUUACAAAGAGUGAAAUGCAGCUGCAACUUAAAACCUUCCGCUACAUCGCGCCAACCAAUGACCAAAGCAUCAGCUCCGUCGUCAAAGCUAGCGAUAUGCGUUUUGCUCGUUAAGAGCUCAGUCGCGUAUGAAUUUAAUUAGAACCAAAUUCAUCCUGUUAAACAAUUCAUACAGAAAAUUCGCGCAUAAAUAAAAAACAACAACGAGCAAUUCACGAAAACAAGGAACAUUAAACGAGAAUUGAUGUAAAAAAGAAUCGCUUAGCUAAGAGAAAUCAACAAAUUUAAAGUGAAAAAUCGCAUGGGAAACGAAUGCGAAAAUUUUUCCAGUACACUUAGUGGGCCAGUGAGAUAUCCUUUUUGAAAAUAGACGGAUAAUAAAUUGGAUUAAUUCAUAUUGGAAGUGUUUACUGUGACCAAGUCGAACAUGCACCAGGUUAUGUAAAUUUAUAGCACCGAAAAUCAAACACAAAAAAGUUGAUAAACAAAGCAAAUAGCUGAAAUCCCAAGAAAGGAAUAGUAUUGAAAAGCAAAUAUACCUAUGUAUUACAACAAUAAAAUAUAUGUGUGUAACUUUAAAAUGAAAACGAAGGAAAUCGGCUCUCUAAAUAGUGUAAAAAAAUCAACAGAAAUGUGUAAUACCGAGUAGCUGGCAAAAAUAAUUUGCCGGCCAAAAUUGCUUAUACGAAAAUUACACCGUAAACACUUCGAAAGCGUAUUUAUUUGACUCUCGCGUGUGCAUAUAAAAUAUUUCCGAAACAAAGUGCAGACCACAUAAAUAAAUACAUCACCUAUAAAAAAAAAAUCGCAAACAAACAACUAUGUUCUCAAAUUUGUGUAUUGUUUUAAAAUUGAUGUAGGUGUAUGUAUGUAAUUGGAAUUUUUAAGAUUUUAACAGCCGCUUCAGGGUGGCCCGUGUGACGUGCUUACAUACUAUAGACCUCAUAAUACAAACAAUAAUCGGCGUGAAAACGGGUGCUAAUUGUAUUUUUCCGACAUCGGAUAGCUACUUUCUUCAUAAGCGCGACGCCAACGCGCUAGCGCAUGCGCUUCAGAGCAACUAAGCUCUUCUAGAGGUGCUAGCAAACUUUGAAACAAAAAGGGAAAACCUAUAAACAAUUUUCAACUUUAAAGCCACGUUUAACUGGAUUUUCAAAAUGUGGCUGUUGAUCAACAACUCUUUCCCCAAAGCGGAUAUAUUGUGGAUAAUAUUUCUGGCUAGUAUGCUGCUGAUUUGUGGAUUUAUUGACAGCGGAAGAGCGGCGGCUUCCACAUGCAUGGCUGUCGGCUGUAAAAAUGGCGGAACGUGUAUCACACAAAGCAAUGGACUCUCCUUUUGCAAUUGUAGUUCGCGCUUCGUUGGCGAAUUUUGUGAACAUCUCAACCCUUGUUUUACUGGUCUCCUGCGCUGUCAAAAUGGCGGAACCUGCCAGCCUUCGUAUCGCAAUGAUCGUCUCGGCAUCUCUUGUAUAUGUCCGCUCGGCUUCACCGAAUCCUUGUGCGAAAUACGAGUGCCGAAUGCCUGCGACUCGUCACCGUGUCGCAAUGGCGGCUCAUGCAAUCUGAAAACUUUAGAUGACUAUACGUGCACCUGCAUGAAUGGGUAUACAGGCGAUUAUUGUGAAACACAAAAUCUCUGUGCCACAGGACCAUGCCACAAUGGCGGCACCUGCACCUCAGUCGCUGGCGGCAGUAGCUUCAAGUGCUUAUGCCCGAAAGGAUUCAAAGGACAGACUUGCGCCGAAGAUGUGAUAGAGUGUGAAGCGAACCCAUGCAAACAUGGCGGCACCUGUAAAAACACACAUGGCUCCUACCAAUGCAUGUGUCCUGGCGGCUACACCGGCAAGAAUUGCGAGUCGAAAUACAUUCCAUGUUCGCCAUCACCUUGUCAGAAUGGAGGCACAUGUCGUAUAUCGAGUGGCCUAAUGUACGAGUGCAAAUGCCCACUUGGCUUUCAAGGCAAACAUUGCGAAGAAAACAUUGAUGAUUGCCCCGGAAAUUUGUGUCAGAACGGUGGCACUUGCGUAGAUGGUAUCAACACAUACCGUUGUCUAUGCAAACCAAAUUUUGCCGGAGAACUCUGUGAGGAAGAUGUGGACGAGUGCGCGAUGAGGCCAUCGGUUUGUCAAAAUGGCGCCACUUGCACUAAUACUAAUGGCAACUAUUCGUGCAUCUGCGUUAACGGCUGGGAGGGUAGAGACUGCAGCGAUAAUGUCAAUGAUUGUGCAGCUGCAGCAUGCUUCAAUGGCGCCACUUGCAUAGAUGGGGUGGGGUCGUUCUAUUGUCGCUGCACGCCCGGCAAAACAGGUCUGCUGUGCCAUUUGGAAGACGCUUGUACAUCGAAUCCUUGUCAUUCGGAUGCAAUUUGUGACACGAGUCCCAUAAAUGGUUCCUAUACCUGUUCCUGUGCCACUGGCUAUAAAGGUGUGGAUUGUUCGGAAGAUAUCGAUGAGUGUGAUCAGGGUUUUCCUUGCGAACACAAUGGCAUAUGUGUGAAUACUCCUGGUUCAUUCAAGUGCAAUUGCUCUCAAGGUUUCACUGGUCCACGCUGUGAGACAAAUAUUAACGAGUGCGAGUCGCACCCUUGUCAGAAUGAAGGUAGUUGCUUGGAUGAUCCUGGUACUUUCCGUUGCGUUUGCAUGCCCGGCUUUACUGGCACACAGUGUGAAAUUGAUAUUGACGAAUGCGAAUCAAACCCAUGCUUGAAUGGUGGCACCUGCCACGAUAUGAUUAAUGGAUUUAAAUGUUCGUGUGCGCUUGGGUUUGCUGGGACACGUUGUCAAAUAAAUAUAGAUGAUUGCCAGUCACAGCCGUGUCGGAACAAUGGCAUAUGUCACGAUUCUAUCGCCGGUUAUACUUGUGAAUGUCCACCUGGUUAUACGGGUACCUCUUGUGAGAUCAACAUCAACGACUGUGAUUCGAACCCAUGCCGUCGUGGCAAAUGCAUUGAUGGUGAUAACUCUUUCAAAUGCGUAUGCGAUCCUGGUUUCACUGGUUACCUUUGUCAGACGCAAAUCAAUGAAUGUGAAUCCAAUCCAUGUCAAUUCGGUGGCCACUGUAUCGAUCGCGUCGGAUCCUAUCUCUGCAAGUGUCUGCCUGGUACGUCGGGUAAAAACUGUGAAAUUAAUGUAAAUGAGUGUCAUAGCAAUCCCUGUAACAAUGGCGCCACUUGUAUUGACGGCAUCAACAAGUACACUUGCGAAUGCGUGCCCGGCUUCACGGGACUACAUUGUGAGAUUAAUAUCAAUGAAUGCGCCUCGAAUCCUUGUGCCAAUAACGGUGUCUGCAUGGACAUGGUAAAUGGUUACAAAUGUGAAUGUCCGCGGGGUUUUUAUGAUGCGCGAUGCCUGAGUGAUGUGGACGAGUGUGCUUCGAAUCCUUGUAUAAAUGGCGGACGCUGUGAAGAUGGUAUUAAUGAGUUUAUCUGCCAUUGUCAACCUGGCUAUGGUGGCAAACGCUGCGAGAUUGAUAUCGACGAGUGCAGCUCAAACCCUUGCCAACACGGUGGCAUAUGCAUAGAUCAGCUGAAUUCUUUCCAAUGUCAGUGCAUGCCCGGCUAUACAGGCUACCGUUGCGAGACGAAUAUUGACGAUUGUAUCAUGAAUCCAUGUGUGAAUGGCGGUUCCUGUAUUGACCUGGUAAAUGGUUAUAAAUGUGUCUGCAAGGUGCCAUUUACGGGUAGAGAUUGCGAAUCGAAGAUGGAUCCCUGUUCAACGCAUCGCUGUCGGAAUGAUGCAAAGUGUACGCCUUCCCCCAACUUCUUGGACUUCUCCUGCUCCUGCAAACUUGGUUACACAGGACGUUAUUGUGACGAGGAUAUCGAUGAAUGUGCGUUGUCAUCCCCCUGUCGAAAUGGUGCGACCUGCCUCAAUGUGCCCGGCACUUAUAAAUGUCUCUGUGCAAAAGGUUAUGAGGGACGUGAUUGCGCCAUCAACACCGAUGAUUGUGCUUCGUUCCCUUGUCAGAAUGGUGGCACAUGUUUGGAUGGCAUUGGCGACUAUACAUGCCUUUGCGUUGACGGAUUCGAUGGCAAACAUUGUGAAACGGAUAUCAAUGAAUGCCUCAGCCUGCCUUGUCAGAAUGGUGCGACCUGCCGUCAAUAUGUAAACUCGUAUACAUGUACGUGUCGGCUUGGCUUCUCGGGCAUCAACUGUCAGACCAACGACGAAGACUGCACUGAAAGUUCCUGUAUGAAUGGUGGCACGUGCAUUGAUGGUAUCAACGGCUACAAUUGUUCGUGUCUGCCUGCCUUUACCGGCUCAAAUUGUCAGUACAAGAUCAACAAGUGCGACUCACAGCCCUGCCAGAAUGGCGCCACGUGCCAUGAAAGCGGCGAAGAGUAUACAUGUCACUGUCCACACGGCUAUACGGGCAAACAGUGCACGGACUAUGUGGACUGGUGUUCUCAAUCUCCUUGUGAGAAUGGCGCCACUUGUUCACAGAUAAAGAACCAGUAUAAUUGUAAAUGCGCUGCCGGUUGGACGGGCAAGCUGUGCGAUGUGGAGAUGGUUUCUUGCGAAGUCGCAGCGAUACGUAAACAAGUCAGUCUCAAACAACUUUGCAACAAUGGCACCUGCAAGGAGAUGGGCAAUUUGCAUUUAUGUCACUGUAAACAGGGUUAUACGGGCAGCUAUUGCCAAACGGACAUCAAUGAGUGUGAGUCGCAGCCAUGCCAAAAUGGCGGCACAUGUCUGGAUCGCGUGGGCGAGUAUAAAUGUAUGUGUCCGAAGGGUUUCCAAGGGCAGAACUGCGAAUUAAACAUCGAUGACUGCUCGCCGAAUCCGUGUCAGAAUGGCGGUACAUGCCACGAUUUGGUGCAAUCCUUCAGCUGCUCCUGUCCGCCUGGCACUUUGGGCAUCAUUUGCGAGAUAAAUCAGGAAGAUUGCGUGCCAGGCGCUUGCCAUAACAACGGCACCUGCAUCGAUCGUGUGGGUGGUUUCGAGUGCGCGUGUCCGGCUGGUUUCGUGGGUUCUCGUUGCGAAGGUGACAUAAACGAAUGCCUUUCAAAUCCCUGUUCUAAUGCGGGUACUUUGGACUGCGUACAGCUGGUGAAUAACUAUCACUGCAACUGCAAGAACGGCUACAUGGGACGCCACUGCGAGAACAAAGUGGACUUUUGCGCAAAUUCUCCUUGCCAAAAUGGCGGUAUUUGUUCGACAAAACAGUCUGGUCACCAUUGCGUCUGCCCGGUUGGUUUCUAUGGCAAAAAUUGUGAAUUUUCUGGUAAUGAUUGUGACUCGAAUCCAUGUCAGGCGGGUAACUGCGUGGUCGAUAUGAUUCGUGGUUACCGCUGCGACUGUCCGCCUGGCACCGAAGGCGUGCACUGUGAAAUCGAUAUGCUGGAUGAGUGCGCUUCAAAUCCAUGUCUGCAGGGUGCUGCAUGCGAGAAUUUACUCGGCGAUUUUGUUUGUUUCUGCCCAAGCAAAUGGCCUGGAAAACGUUGUGAAAUUUACGAUUCUAACUACCCCGGUUGGGCUUCGGACAACAGCCGUGGACCGCUGAACAAAUAUACGAAAGAUCUUGAAUAUCAACGAGAAAUGUGCGUCAAGCGGGGCUGCGAACAGAAGAAGGGCAAUCAUAAGUGCGAUCAGGAGUGCAACACAUACGCGUGUAACUUCGACGGCAACGACUGCUCACUGGGGAUCAAUCCCUGGGUGAAUUGCACCGCGAAUAUAGAGUGUUGGCGAGUUUUCAUGGAUGGCCAGUGCAAUGAGGAGUGUAACAAUGCAGCUUGUCUGUUCGAUGGUCGCGAUUGUGCCAAGAAAUUGCAACCAUGUAAUCCGACGUAUGAAGCCUAUUGCCAAAAACACUACGCGGACGGUCACUGUGAUUAUGGCUGCAACAAUGCGGAGUGCAACUGGGAUGGCUUGGACUGUGAAAACAAUCUCGAGCAACCGAAUUUAGCUGAUGGUGCUAUCUCUGUGGUGAUGUUAAUGGAUAUCAAAAUGUUCCGCGACAAGCAGGUGGAAUUUUUACGUGAAAUGGGUCAUUUACUUCGCACUACGGUGCGCAUCAAGAAGGACUCCAUGGGUAAUGAUAUGAUUUUCACCUGGAAAGGCACUUCGCAGAUGACUGAGCUGCAAAACUCAGAAUUCGGUCGUAAGCACAGAAUUCUAUCAAGUGAGCGCAACGACCAAACUGGCAUACAAAUUUAUCUGGAAAUCGAUAAUCGUAAAUGUAUAGAUUGCUUCAAUCGCGCCGCCGAAGCAGCCGAGUUUUUGGCGGCUUCUGCUUCCAAAUACACGCUCUCGCCAAAGUUCAACAUCUACAGCGUGCGUGGCGUACAGAAUCCAGGCGAAGAUGUGGAAGAACGUCCCAGCAACGUCAAAUAUGUGCUCAUCGGCAUAAGUAUUGUGGUAUUCGCAUUUCUUGGAGUGCUGGUAACUACGCAACGCAAGCGCGCGCAUGGCAUUACUUGGUUCCCGGAGAAUUUCCGUACCACCACUUCUACCGCAGUAAAUCAUCAGCGGCGCCGACGUGACACUGGCCAGGAAAUGCGAAACUUAAAUAAAAACCCCUCCAUUGCGUGCAUGAGUAAUGACGUCAACAUGAAUUCCGGUCAUAUGGGACACGCGCCGCAAUGGUCGGAUGAUGAAUCAGAAUUGCCACCACAGAAGCGCAUGCGCAAUGAACAUGGGGGAUAUGCUAGUGACCACACAAUGGUAACCGACUACGAGGAGGCCGACCCACGUGUAUGGUCUCAAGCACAUCUCGAAGUAGCGGAUGUACGUUCGUCAAUUAUGACGCCGCCUGCACACCAGGAUGGCAAACACGAUGUGGAUGUGCGUGGGCCAUGCGGUAUGACACCACUUAUGGUAGCAGCAGUGCGCGGUGGCGGUAUGGAUACAGGCGAGGACAUCGAAAACUCUGACGAUCAAACUGCACAAGUGAUUUCUGAUUUGUUGGCGCAAGGUGCCGAGCUAAACGCUACAAUGGACAAGACUGGUGAAACAUCGUUGCACUUGGCUGCGCGUUAUGCGCGUGCAGAUGCUGCAAAACGUUUACUAGACGCCGGCGCCGACGCUAACUGUCAAGACAACACCGGCCGUACACCACUUCAUGCUGCAGUGGCCGCCGAUGCAAUGGGCGUUUUUCAGAUACUGCUACGCAAUCGUGCCACUAAUUUAAACGCCCGCAUGCAUGAUGGCACCACUCCACUCAUACUCGCCGCACGUCUAGCUAUCGAGGGCAUGGUUGAGGACUUAAUCACUGCUGAUGCGGACAUCAAUGCUGCCGACAACUCUGGUAAGACCGCCCUUCACUGGGCGGCCGCUGUCAACAAUACCGAGGCCGUCAAUAUACUGCUCAUGCAUCAUGCCAAUCGGGAUGCACAGGAUGACAAGGAUGAAACACCACUCUUUUUAGCAGCGCGCGAAGGUUCUUACGAAGCCUGCAAAGCGAUGCUAGACAACUUCGCCAAUCGUGAAAUUACUGAUCACAUGGAUCGCUUACCACGCGAUGUUGCCUCAGAGCGCUUGCACCACGACAUCGUUCGAUUGUUAGACGAACAUGUGCCGCGCUCGACACAAAUGAUGGCCAUGACGCCACAGACAAUGAUCGGCUCACCGCCACCAGGCAGUCAAGCACAAAUUAUUUCGCAGCCCACUGUCAUUUCAUCAUCAAAGCAACCAGCACAAACCGCCAAAUCAAAGGCGGCGAAAAAGGCAAAGCUAUUGGAGGGCAGUCCGGACAAUCUGCUCGAUGGCGGCAGUCUUCGACGCAAACCGGGCUCAAAAAAGGGAACAGGGGGCUCGGUGUCAAAAAAGGGCGGACAAAACGGCCUUACGGCAGCACAACUGCUGAAUGGCUUGGGUGGUGGGCUGACAGCACACGGCCAGGGACUGGAGGGAGUGGAUCAACAGCAACUGUUGGAUGCCGGUCUCAGUGCGGUGGACUCACCGCCACUGACGGGGCUAACAAGUCAACCGAGCCCGUACGACACGUCGUCACUCUAUUCGAACGCGAUGGCGGCGCCAACACACCACCACAACGAUCUACUGGGCAACAGCAACGGCGCGAAACAACCACCCAGCUAUGAAGACUGCAUAAAGAACGCACAGACAAUGCAAAGUUUAGUGCAGCAGCAACAGCAGCAAAAUAAUAUGGAUUUAAUUAAAAUGGAGAAUUAUGUCUACUCUCGUGGUUCGCCCUUUCAUCAGGAAAUGAUCGGCCAGAAAGGCAACAAUCAGCAAGGCAUGAAUUCGCUUUGCGGUGGUGGCGGUGGCAAUCUGGGCCACAACGGGUCUGGUAAUAUGGGCGGUCAUGAGCAUGGACUGAGUCCGCCCUAUUCCAAUCAAUCGCCACCGCAUUCCGUGCAGAGCAGCAUGGCGCUCUCGCCACAUGCUUACUUGGGCUCACCAUCGCCCGUCAAAUCACAUCCUAGCUUACCCACCUCACCCACGCACAUGCAGGCCCUGCGUCAUGCGACCCACCAGAAGCAAUUCGGCAACAAUGUGAAUUCUUUGCUAGGUGGUGCUGCCAACAACAAUAACAGCAACUCUACAAAUGGCCCACAGAGCAAUUCGUCGAUGAAUUCGCCGCAAAGCAUGAGUUUUCAAUCGCCUAGCAGUCAAAGCCUGUCGCAACAGAGUUCACCGGUGAGUGUGGGCAUUGUGUCGCCGACAGGUAGUGAUGGCAUGAUGAUGGCGCCACAGCAAACGCAGCAGCAGCAGCAACAACAACAACAGCUGCAGCAACAGCAACAGCAACAACAGCAGCAGCAGCAACAGCAACAGAACUCGAAAAGCAGUGCAAUAAUGCAAACUAUGCAACAACACCAACAGCAGCUUGUGAGUCUCGACUUCGGUUCAGCCGGCUUGGACUUGAAUGGCUUUUGCGGAUCACCGGAUUCAUUUCAUUCCGGCCAAAUGAAUCCGCCAUCGAUACAAAGUACAAUGUCAGGUUCCUCGCCCGCAACCAAUAUGCUGUCGCCAUCCUCCCAGCACAAUCAGGCCUUCUAUCAGUAUCUGACACCGACCAGUCAGCACUCCGGCGGCCACACGCCCCAGCAUCUGGUGCAAACACUUGAUAGCUAUCCAACGCCAUCACCCGAAUCGCCCGGCCACUGGUCAAGCUCGUCGCCACGUUCCACAUCGGACUGGUCCGAAAGCGUACAAUCGCCGGCGGGUAACAAUCUGUACAUUUCCGGGGGACAUCAGGCCAACAAAGGUUCGGAAGCGAUUUACAUUUGACAAUAAGCACAGGUGGCAGCAGCAGACGUUGUUGCAACGCUGCUCUGCUCAAACGUUUCGUAGCGUGAACGUGUGUCGUGUAAACACUAAAAGUAUCCUACAUACAUAUAACGCUAUCUUUAAAAUAUUUUUAGUAGCAUGUAGUUUGUACAAAAAUAAAGCAAAAAACAAAAAGAAAAAAAAAACAGUAAAUGGAAAAUUCAAGAUUCCAGUGACAAGA